AGAAAGGAAAAACUCCAUUAAAAACCUCCAGGCUCUCCUCCAUGUUAGAAAUGAAAUGGAAAAUGGAGUGGAUUUAACAGGAAUCCCUGAUUCUUGCGGCCAAGCUGGAGGAAGGGAGACACGAAUCAAAGCCGCAGGCUGCUGAUAUUUUUUAAGUCGCAAUAAAUACUGAGAACUCCGGGGCAGGAUGAGGAUUUCCUGACUCGAAAGAACAAGAAAGGACAGAUCGCUUUUUUAUUAUAUUCCUCUCUGUAUAUUUAAUUUAUUCACCUCGAUGAUUCUCUUGACUGAUCUGGUAAUUGUUAGAAGCGGCUGUGACAGCCUGGAAACAUUAGUAUGAUUUCCUGAGUUUGAGAUUUGCUGCUUCCCCCCCCCUCCCCACCGCUCCAAACUCAGGAAAAGUCAAUACAAUCGCACUUCAUUUUUCCUUCAUGUUCACUUGGAAGUCCUGGGAACAGCAAGAGCAGUGGCAGCAGCAGCAAGAAUGAACGGCAAAGAAGAAGAUGACAACUGCACUGAUGGGAGCAGCAAUAACACGAAGAAGAUGUUAAAAUGUGUGGUGGUUGGGGAUGGUGCAGUUGGGAAAACCUGUUUGCUGAUGAGUUACGCCAACGAUGCCUUCCCAGAGGAGUAUGUCCCCACUGUGUUUGACCACUAUGCAGUAACUGUGACUGUGGGAGGACAGCAACACUUGCUGGGACUUUAUGACACUGCAGGGCAGGAGGACUACAACCAGCUGAGACCCCUGUCCUACCCCAACACGGAUGUGUUCUUGAUCUGCUUCUCGGUGGUGAAUCCCGCCUCGUACCACAACGUUCAGGAGGAGUGGGUGCCCGAGCUGAAAGUCUGCAUGCCCAAUGUGCCUUAUGUCCUCAUAGGAACACAGAUCGAUCUCCGGGAUGACCCCAAAACUUUGGCUCGGCUGCUUUACAUGAAGGAGAAACCACUCACCUACGAGCAUGGAGUGAAGCUAGCAAAGGAGAUCGGAGCACAGUGCUAUCUGGAGUGCUCAGCACUCACACAGAAGGGCCUUAAGACUGUCUUCGAUGAAGCAAUCCUGACCAUUUUCCACCCCAAGAAGAAGAAGAAGCGUUGUGCAAAGUGCCAUCGCUGUUGCACCCUUGUGUGAAGUCCCUUAGAAAGAAAAGCAAGAUGAGUUCAGUGAAACCAAGCAGGUUAGAAAGGCAAUGAAGGUCACAUGCAACUGAAAUGGAGAACAUGACCAGAAAGGGGUUCUUUUUACCCAAAUAUAGGAGCCCUCCAUUCUGUGAAACCUCCAGGCUGUAUCACACUAGGCAGACUCAUGUCUAUGUGCUUUCCUAACCCUCCAGAGUUGUACACAGUCUGUUCCCACUACUGCAGACUGCACUGAGCCAACAGAAACCAAGAUGCCUCCUCCUGCUGGACUCCUCCACUUAGGAAUAAGGUGAAGGUGCCAUGUGG